UGGGAAAUUUUUUCUCGGAAUUCUAGCCUGGUGAUACACAAGAGGAUUCACACAGGAGAAAAACCAUACAAGUGUCUAGAAUGUGGGAAAAGUUUCAGUCAGAUUUCCCACCUUGUGAGACAUAGGAGGACUCACAAUGUAGAAAAACCAUAUGAGUGUUCUUAUUGUGGGAAAAGUUUCCAGCAUAAUUCCACCCUGGUGAUUCACCAGAGGACUCAUACGGGAGAGAAACCAUAUGAGUGUCCAGAAUGUGGGAAAAGUUUCAGUCAGAAUUCCAAUUUGGUUAUUCACCAGAGGAUUCAUACGGGAGAGAAACCAUAUGAGUGUCCGGAUUGUGGGAAAAGUUUCGGUCACAGUGAAAACCUGGUGGAACAUCAGAUGACUCAUACAGGAGAGAAACCAUAAGUGUUGUGAUUGUGGAAAUGUUUCUCUCGGAAUUCUAGCCUGGUGAUACACAAGAGGAUUCACACAGGAGAAAAACCGUAUGAGUGUCUUGAAUGUGGAAAAAGUUUCAGUCGGAAUUCCAGUUUGGUGAUACACCAGAGGACUCACACAGGAGAUAAACCAUAUGAGUGUUCGAAUUGGGAAAAUUUUCCAGGAUAAUUCCAACCUGAGGAAACAUUGGAGGACUCACACAGGAGAAAAACCAUAUGAGUGUCUUGAUGUGGAAAAAGUUUCAGUAGGAAUUCCAGUUUGGUGGUACACCAGAGGGUUCACACAGGAGAGAAACCGUAUGAAUGUCCGGAUUGUGGGAAAGAUUUCAAUUAUAGGUCUAGCCUUAUAAAUCAUGUAGAUUGCAUAUAGGGCAGUGAUGGGCAACCUUUUGGCGUGGUGUGUCAAAAAUCGGCAAAAA